AUGUUUGUGGAUAAGUGGGAGCCGGGUGUGGUUCCUUCUAAGCCAGAGCUUACCUCCGCACCAAUAUGGCUUGAGCUUCGCAAGGUACCACUGCAAUUCUUCAAUGAGGACGGUUUAGAGCAUAUUGCGGGACUGGUCGGACACCCCAAGUAUCUUCACCCCUCGACGGCAAAUAAAACUAAUCUGGAGGUCGCCAAGGUCUUCACGAUUAUUGAUCCAAGGAAGCCAUUACCUGAAGCAGUGAAUGUACAGUUUGAUUCCGGAGAGAUCAGUAGGGUCCUUGUGUCGAGCCCUUGGAUGCCCCCUGUUUGCGAGGUCUGCAAAGAAAUUGGUCACGUCUCAAAGCGCUGCCCUGCUGCAAUUAAAACCUGCGCUAAAUGUAAUUCUCCAGGUCACUCCUCAGCUUCCUGCCCUCAAAAUCAGAAGCAGGACCCUGCAAAGAAAAAGACUAGAAGAGGAAAAUCUAGAGAUAAGCAGGUCUGGCAGCCUGUUAAUCAGACAGUGAAUCAGCCAGAGUUGCAGCCGGAGACACAUGUCACCGUCGAGCCCUCUGCUCAGAAGGAGGAGCCUGUAGGAACGCACUCUACUCACACUGUAAUGGCUAAAGACUCCUCUCUUGGUCAGGGUCUCAAUACUGACAAAGGAGAAUCCAGUGGAACUGCUCCCUAUCUCCAGGUUGAGAGGCCUCGUAGUGUCUCCGGAAAUUCUAAAUCUUCUCAUUCAGACAUCCAGCCUAACUCCUCAGAUGUUGAAACUUCCGACUCAGAGAUGGAAGAAGGUGAACUGAGCGACCACGAUGAGGGAUUUGAGGUGAUCCUGAACAAGAAGCGAUUUUCAAAUAAAAUGUUCUCAGGUCAGAAAGGAAACCGGGGCAGGGGCCCCAAACUCAACUGA